AUGCAGUUCUGCGCCGGAGACAGAAAUGGCUCUUGUACAAGGACCAGCUGGUCCGAUAACAUCCGCGUCGUUAUGUACAGCAUGAUGUCGUGCAUAAUCCUGACCACGCUGGCCGGAAACCUGAUGGUGAUCAUCUCCAUCUCACACUUCAAGCAGCUCCACACACCCACCAACUGGCUGAUCCACUCGAUGGCCACGGUGGACUUUCUGCUGGGCUGCUUCGUGAUGCCUUACAGCAUGGUGCGAUCGGUGGAGAGCUGCUGGUAUUUCGGCCGGCUUUUCUGCAGAAUCCACACCAGCACGGAUAUCAUGCUGAGCUCGGCGUCCAUUUUCCACCUGUCCUUCAUUUCUAUCGACCGCUACUACGCCGUGUGCCACCCGCUGAGGUACAAAACCAAGAUCAACGCCUUCGUCGUGCUGGUCAUGAUCUCUGUCAGCUGGACGGUCCCUGCCCUCUUCGCUUUCGGGAUGGUGUUUCUGGAGCUCAACUUAAAAGGAGUAGAAGACCUUUAUCAGCAGCAGGUUCUCUGUGUUGGAGGCUGCUUAGUGAUUUUCAGCAAAACUUCAGGCAUUCUCGCUUUCAUGACCUCCUUCUACAUCCCUGGAUUUGUUAUGUUGUGCAUCUAUGGGAAAAUCUUCUUCAUAGCCAGGAGACAGGCAAGGUCCAUUAAUGACACCGCCCAGCAGAUGCAGGCAGGGUUCGAAGAGACUCGCCGGCCUUCGCGGAGCAGAGAGAGGAAAGCCGCGAAAACCUUAGGGAUCGUGAUGGGUGUGUUUCUCCUUUGUUGGUGCCCAUUUUUCUUCUGCACCGUCAUGGAUCCUUUUAUUGGCUAUACGAUACCCCCCGUCCUCAGAGAGGCUUUGAUUUGGUUGGGCUAUUUAAAUUCAACCUUCAACCCUAUGGUUUACGCGUUUUUCUACCCGUGGUUUCGGAAGGCCCUCAAGAUGGUCCUAGUGGGGAGAAUUUUCCAAAAGGGCUCUUCCACCUCUAAAUUGGUUUUAGAGACAUGUGUCUAG